CGCCAACUCCCCCAGCGCGAACACAGCGCCUUCACUGACAGCGCAGCCGCCUCCAGCUCCAAAACACACCGCCGUUUUAUUCAUUUAAUCGCUUUUUUGCGGCAUUUUUUUACUCGCCGAGGCGUUUCUACACGUCUGACUGCAGAAGGGGCGAGGCUGGGGUCCGCUCCGGGAACUGUGUGCUGUGUGUGAGCGUGCAUGUGUGGUCAGUCUGCUCGUUUCCGCUCUGGUUAUCAUUAUUUUUUUGUUUAUUAAGCUCAUAAUGAAAAUCUGCGACUCAUAGAGGAGAUCGAAUCAGAAACCGGAGGAAGGAGGCAGCGAUUCAGGCCCCCUGCGUCAUCACCACCACCACCACCAUCGACAGGAUGGAGGAGCUGCUGAACCAGUGGCUGUGGCAGAAGAACUUCUGGCUGCCUCCUGGCGCGACAUGGCAGGACGUUGGGAAUGACGGCAUUGAGGGCAGUCGGCGUCCAUUUCCUCGCGACUUACUCCUCACCCUUCCUUUGGCACUGGGCUUCAUCGCUGUCCGGUUUGUGUUCGAAAGGGUUGUGGCGCUGCCUCUGAGCAGGACGCUGGGAGUGUGUGACAGGGUGCGUGCUCGAGCUCCACCCGAACCCAAAUUGGAGGCUUUUUACCUGCAGAGAAAGAACCACUACUCACAGAGUGAGCUCCUGGGCCUGGAGAAGCAGUGCGGCCUCACAGUCCGGCAGAUCCACCACUGGCUCCACCUCCGCCGCAACCAGGACAAACCCAGCAACACCAAGAAGUUCUGCGAAGCAUCGUGGAGGUUUGUGUUCUACCUCAUCGCCUUCGUCGCGGGACUCAUCUCCCUGAUUGACACGCCCUGGUUUUGGAACCACAGAGAGUGCUGGCGUGGACACCCGAGACAAGCUGUGACUGAAGCACAGUACUGGUACUACGUCCUGGAGCUCAGUUUCUACUGGUCACUGGUGUUCUGCGUCUCUGUGGACGUCAAGCGCAAAGAUUUUAAGGAACAGAUCAUUCACCACAUCGCCACCAUCUUCCUGAUCAGCUUCUCCUACUGCGGCAACUACAUUCGGGUGGGGACGCUCGUGAUGUUCGUGCAUGACUCAUCCGACUUCCUGCUGGAGUCUGCUAAGAUGUUUAACUACGCGGGCUGGAGGAAAACCUGUGACGGCUUGUUUGUCCUCUUCGCCGUGGUUUUCCUCGUAACUCGCCUCGUCAUCUUUCCGAGCAGGGUGGUCUACUCAACUAUCGUGGAGUCGUUGGAUUUCUUCGACCCGUUCCCUGGUUAUUAUUUCUUCAAUGCUCUGCUGCUGGUGCUGCAGGCGCUGCACGUUUUCUGGGCUUACCUCAUCCUCCGCAUGGUCUACAAAUUUGUCUUCUUGGGCAAAGUGGAACGUGAUGAGCGGAGUGAUGAGGAGAGUGAGGGAGAGGAAGAGGGAGAUGGUGCGGAGGAGAAGAGCUGCUGGGAGCAGAGGAAAGGUCCCCUCAACUCCAGACUCGUCUCGCUGGCCAACAACUGUGUCCUCAACAACCUGACCCACCAGCAGAGGAAUAUAAACAGCAGAAUGCCCAAAGCCAGAUAGUAUCCCUCACUUACUCGUAUUAUUUGUAGGCUGUCUUUGUCCGUAUGAAGAUGAAAUAUAUUGGAAUAUGUUGCAAAAACUUAAAGUGCAACGUAUUUUCAAUAUACUACAUUUUUCUAUAGGACAGUAAUCGUUAUAGCAGAAGUUGUCGUCCAUCCUCUGUGGCCGCUGAUACUGGUUUUCUUAGAAAAAGCACAUUCGACUUUUUUGAUCGACAUCUUUCAAACCUGUGGACUAAAAAAUAGAUGUCAGGUUUGGUGUAUUACAUUUUGUUUUAGGUAUUUGUCUUCAGACGGUACAUGACAGCAGCUCUUUAUUACUCUUAUAGCAGUUCUAACCAGGUUAAAGGGGAAUUCCACCCAUUUUUUCAAAAUGCUGAAUUGAAUGGAGGAGACGUAAACAGUCCUUCACAGCAGUUUGAUGUGAAGCGGUUCAACAUAGAGAAACUUGCCCGUGUCUUUAAAGUGUUGGUGGUAAGAAACCAAGGAACCAUUCAGUUUUAAUAUGUAUUGUUGGUAAAAUAGUGAUUAAGAAGGUUUUCUUAUGGGCUAUUUUGUCUUAUAACGCCCUUCUUUGUUUGUUUUAGGCCAAAAUCUCGUCUCAAAUCUAUUGUAAAGUGUAAUAAUCACUCUGAAUGACUUCAUUUACAUCCUAACAUGUGAAUUAUGCAGAAAUAUUGGUGGAAUUCCCCUUUUAACUGACCGCUAUUAAUGACGUCUUUGUAAACUGUAGAGUGGUUUGCGAUCAAGGAAAGAAAAAACUCAACACUAAGACACCAUAUAGGUAAAGCUAUAUACGUUAAAGGUGUCUCAUUUACUGUGAACAAAGUCAGAUGUAUUUUAAUAGUAAAUUAGUCACAGAAAGGGAACAAUAUAUUCUAAUAUAUUUAAUUUCUUAAUAUAUUUCAGCUGCUGUUUAGUGAAGAAAAGGCAGAUGAUAAUCAGGCGAAUUGUCUUCUUUUUCUCAGACCUGGACUCUUUCAUUCCUUUCGCUGCUGAUUUUCUCCUACAGUAAUUCUGAUAUGGCAUCAUGCAUCUGUUUCUGAGUAUCCACCUGCCUUCGCGGGUUAUGCAGCAGCCUUUCUGUCUCCACGGCUUUAAAAGAGGGCGACUGACUACUUGGGAAGACUCACAGCGCCCUCUAGUGAUGGACUUGGGCACUCCACGGCUGGUCUUGGCAGCGUUCUCACUCUUGAGAAAAUGGUUGUCAUGAAUUAUGGAUGGUUUAUGAGCCACAGAGCUUUGCACCGUGCAGGCGUUCUGCAGCGCCUGCGCCGCGAAGCUCGGAUCGCCUUACUGAAUCAGACACUGGUUACAAAGGAUUUCUUCGUGAGCACAUAAUCUGUUCCUCAUGUGAGCAGUUUGCCUGCUCUCAAUCUUAAUACCCUAAUCGGAAUCUUUUUUUGGCCGUCUUAAUUCCCAAGGAACUGACCGGGUCACUGUUUUCAAUCUCAAGGGUCUUUCCUUGUUAAAUAAAGGAUAUCGGUUGCUGUCGGAAGAAAACCUCAUAUGUCCAUUUUUGUCAUUUUCCAGUUUAUGGCAUCAUUUGAAAAGGCCUGUUGCUCUUCACAUUGUACGGGAAUUUUAUGAUGAAAGAAUCUCUAGAAAGGGCCCAGAAUUACUUGGAAAAAUGUCUGGCUCCAUUGAAUUACAUUGAAAGUAAAGCAGGUUUUUUCCUUCUCCUGUAAAGUUACCAUUUUGGAGAUAAGAGGUUUUGUUCCGACAACAGCGACAUACUGAAUAAAAAUAAAAAGGUUAUUAAAAAUGAAAGUUAAAAAUAAACUGUACUGAACAUAAUUACCAUUUUGCAAAAACACCUUUUUAAGCACAAACCACUUGGCGAAAGAGUUCGACUAGUAGGAGAUUAGCUUUGCGCACCUUAGUUACUCCCUCACUCUGUCCAGCUGCUGGAGGAACUUCUCCAGAGUGACUUCAGUGGGUGGAGUGAGGCGUGAGUGAAAACUGUGUAAUGAGUCUGUGUACCCCUAGACUCUGACGGGUGCUCCCACAGUGACCCUAAAAGGGAUAGUUUGGACAAAAUCCACCACCUUCAGUGCCCCUUCCAUUCAUGUUUAGCGUUUAUACCUAAACAAUCUCUUUAACCCCUGUGUGGUGUUGAUGUUUGUUACGCAGUGGUCUGGUGGACCCACCGCAUUAUUGUUUUGUUUUUUUUUAAAUCAAUAGAGUCAUAAUAAUAUAUGUAGAAAUAACAAAUGUUUAAAAUAUCAUGUGUCCAGCACUGGGUUCUCCUUUAGCAGCUAUAGCCAGUCAGCAGCCUGUCCAUGUUAUCCUCCCUCCCUCACACACACAUUAACAGCAGGCCAUGUAGGAGGAGA